AUGAGAUUUGGGCAAGUUGGUGUGGUGGUUUUGGCACGAGGUGACACGUGUCGCGAGUGGGGACUGCCUUCUCAGGCAGGUCUGUUGUCAAACCAGCAGUGUGGCACGAAUCGGCGCCGGUCUGCAAAGCACAUCGCUCCGGUUGCAAUGUACGCGUCGAUCCACCGCGCGGACUUGGCCAGACUCUUCGACCACCUCGACCUCUUCACCCUCCUCUUCUCGGCUAUUUGCCACGACCUUGACCACCCCGGUCUCACCAACACCUACCAGGUUAGCUGCUGCUUAUUUAGCAUUCAUUACACCAGUGGACGUGAGCUAUGA